AUGGCGCGGAACGUGCUGUACCCGCUCUACCAGUUGGGAGGCCCUCAACUCCGUGUCUUCCGAACCAACUUCUUCGUUCAGCUGGUGCGGCCCGGUGUGGCCCAACCUGAGAACACUGUGCAGUUCCGGAUCCCCAUGGAGAUGACCAGGGUGGACCUCAGAAACUACCUGGAAAGCAUCUACCAAGUGCCCGUGGCGGCCGUGCGGACGCGGGUACAACAUGGAUCCAACAAGAAGCGGGACUACAAACGCGUGAGAGUGAAGAAGCCGGACUAUAAGGUCGCCUAUGUGCAGCUGGCUCAUGGACAGACCUUCACGUUCCCCGACCUGUUUCCUGAAAAGCCCCCGUGUUCUGAGGGCAGCGCAGACGUGGACUCCCAAGAACAGCUUCUGGCGGAGGCUCAGCAGAGGCAGAGCAGUGACCCCCGGCGUGGCGGGGUCCCCUCCUGGUUCGGUUUGUGA